AUGACGGAGGCGUCAAAAUGGGCCCUGCACAAGUACCUGCUUCCCCUUCUAGUCAUUUUGCUCACCUGGGGCGAUGGGAAGACCAGGGUAAGCUGCUUCAACGGAGAGGGUCAUGAGGCCAUAGGGAUGGUCGCCAUGUCGGGGAUAAAGAGCGAGCAGCUGUACGAACUAAAGAAAUUGUUAAGCGGAAAGGACAUAGUAGAUAUUGGGAAAUGGGGGCACCUGGUCCAUGACAAAAUAAAAGGAGCGGAGUCUAUGCAUUUUAAUUUACAAAGCAACGAUUGCAAGAAGGCCGUCUUUAAGUGCGAAAAUGAAAAUGGUUUAUGCCUGAUCAACUCGAUAAAGCACUUCUACGGGCGGUUGGCUGGCGGUCACUCGGGGAAGCAGCCAGCAAAGGAGUCAGCGGGGGAGCCAACCGGUCAGUCAAGUGAACAGUCAAGCGGUGAGCCAAGUGAACAGCCAACCGGUCAGUCAUCUGAACAACCGACCGGUCAGCCAUCUGAACAGCCAACCGAACAGGACGCGUCGAAUUCUGCCCCCCCCGGGGAGAAGGCCAUCCCUUUCAAGUACCCCAAAAAUAUCGCGUUCACAGACGCAGACUCCCUCAAGUACCUGGUCUCCCUCAUCGCAGACAUGCAUCAGCCAUUAAGAAUAGCAUACCGAUACGACAACGGAGGGAAGGACAUCAAAGUCAUUCACCAUGAUGACUACAAAACGGUGAAAACAAACCUGUUCGAUUAUAUGGAGAGCGAGCUAAUCAAUAAAAUGAUUAACAGGUACCAGUCAGCAUGGUAUGGAGGGUGGACUCAUGUUAAUCGACUAUUCGACGAACAUAAAAAGGACGAAAAAUUAUUUAGUGAAAAAGGAAUCAAUGCUAUCGAUAUUUGGGGAGAGCAAAUUGUGAAUGAGUUUUGCUCCGAGUUUUACCUCAACAGUUAUGUAACAAAUUUUAUGGUUGGGAAGGAUAACGAGCUGCAUUUUGAUACAUCCAAGGAGAUCGAAAUUACGUACGACUUGGAGUUCCAUUUGGAGAGACUACUCAAAGUUAAUAUUUUGAGGGCCGGAUCGCGCAUAGCCAUCGUGCUCAACAGUCUCUUUGCAAAUAGGAAAUUUUCCAGCCUGAGGAAGAAGUCCGAGUUUGAUAGAGUCGAGUACGAGCAGCUGGAAAGGCACAAAACGGCCUCCGUGUAUAAAAAAAAUGCCAUAUUUAUCAAUUUGGCUAUUAUCUUUAUAGUGUUGGCCGUGAUACUCUACUUCAACUUUAUUUUUAACAGAAAAAAUAAAAUGUACCUCCCAAGCAAGACGGAAGAAGUCGAGCUGCAGGCUAAGUGCAAUUGA